UUUUGGUUCCCGCCCUCGUGCCUGAUGCUGACCUGGGGUCUCAGAGGAGGUACCCAGGAGGCAGGGGGAAGUGGGGCCCACACACUAAUGCCAGAGGCAAGCAGAGGAAGAAGCUGGGAAGCAGGGGUCUCUGGUUAAGCCUGGAACACCCAUCGGUACAGGCACUGCCACGGGCCCAGGCUUUGGCGCUGGGCAGGUGGUGGCCUAGGAGGCCUCCCUUUCCACCCUCCCCUCACCCCCCUGCCAGAGUCCAAAGAGCACAGGUGUGGCUUCCUCAGGGCCUCACCACCAUAAGGCCUGCCUGCUCCAUUAGGGCUUGCUGGAUCACAGGACCUCUACCUGUGGCCACGCCACUAGCGGAGAAGCCACUGCCUUCCCAUCCGGAGCCCCAGACCACCGGCUCAGAUACCUGCUCCUUCGGGGGACCAGCCACCAGUCCCCACUGGAACCCAGUUUGGGUUCUAGGGCGUCAUCUCAGCAGCGUCAACAUGUCCCGGCCCAGCAGCAGAGCCAUUUACCUGCACCGGAAGGAGUAUGUGCAGAAUCUCACCUCAGAGCCCACCCACCUGCAGCACAGGGUAGAGCACCUGAUGACAUGUAAGCUGGGGACACAGAGAGUCCAGGAGCCCAAGGAUGCCCUGCAGAAGCUGCACGAGAUGGACACUCAGGGCCGGGUGUGGAGCCAGGACUUGCUCCUGCAGGUCCGUGAUGGCUGGCUCCAGCUGCUGGACAUCGAGACCAAGGAGGAGCUGGAGUCUUACCGCCUGGACAGCAUCAAGGUCAUGGAUGUGGCACUUGACACCUGCUCCUACAACUCUGUCCUGUCCAUCACAGUGCAGGAUUCAGGCCUGCGAGGCGUUAGCACCCUGCUCUUCCAGUGCCCGGAAGUGGGGGCAGAGCGACUGAAGACCAGCCUGCAGAAGGCUCUGGAGGAGGACUUAGAGCAAAGAUCCCGAUUUGGAGCCCUCCACGCAGACCAGGACAGAUGGAGGGGGCCUCCCCUGGAAAGGCCACUCCCUAAGGAGCAAGCACCCCCUUUUGAGCGGGGACCCCCUCCAGAACAGCCCCACUGGAUGGCCCCAGAGCAGAACACACCACCGUCCCCAAAGCCCCUGCCGCACCCCUCCAGCAUCCACGAGCGGAGCGCCUUCACUCCGCCUCCUUCGAGGCGGCCUCCAUCCCCCGAGAACCCUGAAUGGGAUGAGGAGGUGCUGAACCACGUCCUAAAAGACAUCGAGCUGUUCGUGGGAAAGCUGAAGGAGGCCCAGGCCCUGUCAAAGACCAGCCGUAAGAAGAAGAGAUGGCGCAAGAAGACGAAAAAGGGAGGGGUGACAGAAGCACAUUACAUCGACUGCUUCCAGAAGAUCAAGUACAGCUUCAACCUCCUGGGGAAGCUGGCCAUCAGGCUGCAGGAGACAAGUGCCCCUGAGUUUAUACACAUCCUCUUCCAAACUCUGGACUUCAUCAUAGCCCAGUGCCCUGAGCCUGACCUGGCAGCCCAAGUGAUCUCACCUCUCCUCACCACCAAAGCCAUUGACCUCUUGCAGUCCUGUCUAAGCCCAUUGGAGAACAGCCUCUGGAAGGGCCUGGGCAAGGCCUGGACCACCAGCCAGGCCAACUGGACGGGCAGUGAGCCCCUGCCCUACCAACCCACGUUCUAUGAUGGUUGGCAGCUUCCAGAACUUACCUACCAGGCGCUCUCAAGAUACCAAGACACCACUUCCCUCCGGAGAAGCCCUAGUUUAGGGAGCACUUUACACUUCGCUCAAGAGGAGGCAUACAACCACAGCCCCAAACUGGGGCCCUCCAGACCUGGAUCUGUCAAGCCGGGCCUGCAAAUGCAAGUCCUAUAUGAGUUUGAAGCUAGGAACUCACAGGAACUGACUGUGGUCCAGGGAGAGGUGCUGGAGAUUCUGGACCAGAGCAAGCGGUGGUGGCUGGUGAAGAAUGAGAUGGGACGGAGCGGCUACAUCCCCAGCAACAUCCUGGAGCCCCUCCAGUCGGGGGCUCCCAGGAGCCAGAACGGGUCGCCCUCUCGGGCUCCAAUGCUUCGACUUAGCUCCAGGCCUGAGGAGGUCACAGCGUGGCUGCAGGCAGAGAACUUCUCUACUGUCACCGUGAGGACCCUCGGCUCCCUGACAGGGAGCCAGCUGCUUCACAUGAGACCUGGGGAGCUACAGAUGCUGUGUCCACAGGAGGCCCCACGGGUCCUGGCACGGCUGGAGGCCGUCAGAAGGAUGCUGGGGAUAAGCCCUUAGGCACCAACUCAGACACCUCCAAGACCAAGGCUCUCUCACAAGCAAGGCGGCGGAUCCGAGAUUCUUUAGGGCUCCGAGAGUUCCCCUUUCAGGUUCCCUGGCUGCAUACCCCAGCUCACAUGGCAAAGAGGAUGAGCAAGCCCAUAGGAUGAGACAGAUGGUGCCCCUUCUCACUGUGUUGAGAGCCGCUCUCUCCAGUUAACACCUGUUUAUUGGAUCUCUUUCCUGAGCCUGGAGCACUUAUGCCCAGAGCUGUCAGGACUCUGUUUAGUGCCUCUCCUCCCCAAUAAAAUUAUGUCCAAGCUUGU